GGUGCCUCGUUUGAAGUUUGAAAACGAAACAUUGGUGAAGUCGACGAAAGUUUUUGGUGAUUUUUUUGUUGCCUUCCGCGCGUUGAACUUCUUCCCUUCCCCGCCGUCCACGGCGGUCGCCGCUUUACUCCGACGGCCAAGCUCCCCGGAGGCUGUUAACUCGUAAAUACCUUUUCGCUUCUCUCAGCUUAUCACAACAAUCUCUGAUUCUUCUUCUUUUCUCUAGCAUUGAAGAAGGAGGCGCCUUGGGUUUUUAAAUUUUUAUAGUAAUUCAUUGAAGCGGCAAAAAAGUUAAUUAAAGUGACGUUAUGGUGAUUUAAUGUUCAAAUGGAGUGGUUUUAGUUAGUUCAAUUAAACCCAUCUCUAGUUUGGGAAAUCUUGGCUUCAACACCUUGAAGAAGCUCUCAAGUGAUUAGAGAGAGUUCACAGUCCUCUGGCAUCACAAUGAUGACACCAGAAUCAGCAGAGGACUUAGAAAAACAUGCAAUCUCAGGUCAUCAUGUGAGGGGGAAUAGUGAAUAUGUUAGACUUGCCAUAUCUGAUGAAUUGAGGGUUGUCGAAACCGAAAUGCUACAGCCUCUAGCAGAGUCAAGAAUGAAAUCUUUCAGGUGGUGGAUAAAAGCCCUUUUAUGGUGCUUUGUCAUUGUUGUACUUGGUCUUGUUAUAUUGAAAUGGGGAGUGCCAUUUACUUUUGAAAAGGUUCUUUACCCAAUCAUGGAGUGGGAAGCAACUGCCUUUGGCCGUCCAGUUCUUGCCCUUGUACUUGUUGCUUCUCUGGCUUUAUUCCCAGUAUUUUUUAUCCCUUCUGGCCCUUCCAUGUGGUUGGCUGGGAUGAUUUUUGGUUAUGGCCUUGGCUUUGUUAUUAUAAUGGUUGGAACAACCAUUGGAAUGGUCCUCCCUUACUUAAUUGGACUAAUUUUCCGUGACCGCAUUCAUCAAUGGUUAAAGAGAUGGCCCAAGAAUGCCGCAAUGAUUAGGCUUGCUGGGGAAGGAAGCUGGUUCCAUCAAUUUCAAGUAGUUGCUCUGUUUAGAGUUUCUCCUUUUCCGUAUACCAUAUUCAACUAUGCUGUAGUAGUGACAAAUAUGAGGUUUUGGCCGUACUUAUGUGGGUCAAUAGCAGGAAUGGUGCCAGAAGCUUUCAUUUACAUCUACAGUGGUCGAUUAAUAAGGACCUUGGCAGACGCACAGUAUGGAAAGCACCAAUUGACCACUGUGGAAAUCAUAUACAACAUUAUUUCAUUCAUUGUUGCUGUUGUUACCACCAUUGCCUUCACUGUUUAUGCAAAAAGGACCUUAAAUGAACUCAAGAUUGCAGAGGCCAAUGAGGAAGCUGCCUCUGUAUCUGGGAGUAGUAAUCUUGAGAUGGGGAAAGGUUCCCAUUGAAAGGCUUCUCAUCAAAUUUCCCACGAUACUGUACAUUUAUGUAUCUAAAAUUUGUGUUAGGACUACAUGUACCAUAGUGUUUUUCUCCCUCCCACUUGGGCCAUUUAUUGAUUAUUGGAAUGAGUAUGUAGGGUAGAACAGUCUGCAAAUGCACCAAUCGGGUAAACAUAAUAAACGGCUGUUUGUAAUAAAUUGGAAAGAGCUUUUACUAA